AUGGUCGAUAUAUCUGUAGUGUUAGGAGUGGAUGAACAGAGGGCUGAACAGGAAUUCAAAGAAUCCGUGACUAUUGGGGAUGUCUACACAACCUUUUCCAAUACCGGAAUCACAUCUCUUUAUCUCACCAAUGAUUCCUCUAAAGAAGAUAAGAGAAAAAUGGCAACUCAAAUGUAUGACAAUAUGCGGUCGAUUCUGAUUAACAAAUUUGAUGCUUUCGAUUGGAUGGACGACGAGACGAGAUCUAACUCUAUCAUCAAAAUUAAUUUCAUCAAUCAUUUUAUUGGCUAUAAAAAUGAGCUCUUAAAUGAAAAUAUAAUUGACAAUAUCUACGAAUCGCUAGGAGAUUUAGAAAGUGAUAAUUUAUUUGAAAAUCUACUUCGACUUCAAAGGAAUGAUGUAAACAACGAAUAUAACCGAUUAAAUACAAUUAACAACAGAUCUGAUUGGCAGAAUAUAGUGACUAAUACUGUCGUGAAUGCCUAUUAUUCUCCGUAUAUAAAUAGCAUCAAAAUUCCCAUUUGGAUUCUCGAGGGAAUAUUCUUUGGAACAAAACGACCGAAUUACCUCAAUUAUGGCGCCUUGGGAUGGAUUAUUGGACACGAAUUGAUCCAUCCGUUUGACAACAUUGGCGGAAAAUUUGAUAAGAGGGGAAACCUUAGGGACUGGUGGGAUGUGGAGGUCAAAGAAACGUUUUACCAAAAGGCCCAAUCUACUCUUUCGGAAGAUAUAGCAGACAAUGGGGAUAGCGAUUCAGUGAAAGUGGUGUCAGAAACUGACAACAAAGCAAAAGUCAGCACUAAUUCAACAGAUAGUCGAGUCUUCAGAGACACUCAAUUACAGCGAUGUGUGACACGAGAGGGUCGUCCCGGAUAUUGUAAGGCCGGUGUUUGUCUCAACCUCAUCGACAAGAAGCCGGUGUACUGUCCAUCAAGUUCUUCAUAUUACAUGAAAUGCUGUCCCAUAAACAAUAGGGCGGCAGUGCUUCCGUCAAAUGAGCCCAUCUGUGGUUUGCGUCCAAAUAACAACUUUUUUAUUGUUGGCGGCGCGGAAGCACCGGCCCAUUCGUGGCCCUGGGCUGUGGCUAUAUACCAGAAUUCAUACAAAACCAAAAAACUCAAGUCUCGGUUCAUAUGCGGCGGAACCAUAAUCGCCGAGUGGUAUGUCCUGUCGGCCGCGCACUGUAUUGUCCGGCAAAACGAAAUCCUGACGGCGAGUAACUUCAAGAUCCUGAUCGGCGCCCACGACAACAAAAACAGCGGAUUCUAUGCCGACGUCCAGGAAAUUAAAAUUCACGAAAACUUUAUUUUUGGUCAACACCGCAAUGAUAUCGCACUUUUCAAACUCACUCAACCGCUUGACUUCAGGCAUAACAAAGACAUCGCACCGGUAUGUCUGCCCCCACCCGAGAUUGAGGGGGCAGACCUUAUCGGCACAAUGGGUACAUUAGUUGGAUGGGGUACUACUUCUCAGGGAGGAAAGCCAAGCCCAGUUUUACAAGAAGUUGAGGUCCCUAUUAGUGAACUGGAAGACUGCGCCAAGCGAUACAGUUCUCUGUUAACUGUGUCCGAUCAGAUCAAUGAAAACCAAUUGUGUGCUUCGUAUCCAAGUGGUGGCAAAGACUCGUGUCAGGGUGAUUCUGGAGGUUCACUAACGGUGUCAUAUAGCGGUCGUUAUUACCAAUUGGGUGUCGUUUCGUUUGGAAAAGGCUGCGCUCAGCCAGGAUUUCCCGGAGUCUAUACAAAAGGUAUCACUGCCUCCGACAUCAUCAUUUCAUCAUUUCUCUAUUGGAUUGGCGCUCAUAUCGAGGACUAA